AUGAGCGGAUUAUUUGGAGCAGUAAGGAAGUUCUUCAGACCAAAGGGUCUUAUAGGAUAUGAUCUUCAAGGGAACAAAUACUUUGAGAUUCCCAAUCCUGCUGGUGGACGUAUGAAGCGAUUCGUGCAGUAUAAGAAAAAUAGAGAUUUGGCAGAAUACUCUCGAGCAGAACUGAGGCCACCUGUACAAUGGAGAGCGUGGCUAUCGCAUACCCGAGUAGAACCACCUACACUUCAAGAAUUAGAAUACGAUUACACCCGACAACAAGGCUUGCAACCUAAGAUAGCAGCAAUAGAAGCUAGAGAGAGGGAAGAGCGUAUACGUCAAGGAUAUUUAUUACCUGAUGGAUCGGUUCCACAGGCUCCAUCACAGAUUGCCGGUCCGUCAACCCCUUCAGAAAGAGCAGCAAGACUCAAACAGAUUGGCCAACCCCCUCCUCAACCUCAACAUGUAAACUCCCUCAACUCGGAAAGAGCGUCAGCUUCUUCAUAUCCUAUUCCUACGCCGACCAAUGACAAGGUAGCGGAACCUAGUAAGACGGUCGAUCCGGCUCAACAUUCCAGUGCGGAAGAUCUAAGGAGAUUGGCGAUGGAAGAUACUAAACGACGUAUAGCUGAAUCAGAAAAUCAACAGCAGCAGCAAAAGCAGAUACAGGGGAAGAAAGGUGUUGAAGGUGUUGGACUGGGAUUGGCGGGGGAAAGAUUGAAACCUAGACGAAGAGGUAGGGCAUGA